AUGUGUGAUUCCGAAUUCAGCUCCGUGCCAACGAAGCUACCCGCAUUCCCUGACACUCCAUACCUCAAUAUUGCUCAACUUCCUCCCGCGCCAACUGUUACGAUAGUCCGUGUACGAGUAUAUGGCGACACGACCGUCUACAGUUUGCCUCGAUGCGUCUACUAUAAACACAUGCUCUCUACCAUCCGACGCGCUUUGCGCGGCCCUCUGCAGGGCAAUCCUGACAUCCAUCUACUGAACUCUGCAGAUCACGUCGUCCUGACGAAGACGUCGUACCCUUUCGUCGUCAGCAAUUUAUACGAGAUCGUCGUUAAAGUCUGCGCGCCGCAAUCUGCCGUUGGCAAAGCAAUUGACCUUACCCAUGAGGCAGAAGAUGAUACCCCAGUACAGUUGUGUCAUGGCGGCGAAAUACGCUCACCCCGGGCGCCGCUUCCCACCUCCUUCGAUGUCGAUGUUGCAGGCGUCGUAGAGGACGAGAGGCAGUCUCAUCAACCGGACCGCCAUACGGUAUGCGUUCGUGGAGCGUCGAUCCUCCCGCACAUCAUGAAGAAGGCAAGCGUCGCGGGGCGCAGUAUGUCUCGAUCCGUCCCCUCUGUCGUAUCAUCCAAUCAGCCCGUCGGGUUCCCGAAGCUUUACCAACACCUGGAACUGGAACAAGAGCACAAGGCCGCGAAUUAUUGGGUCGUUCCGCCCAAAAGCAAGCAUCGCGCGGUACGCGCCUGGCUCACUGAUCCCAUCCGAUUCAGGGACGGUUUGGAAUCGAAGGAUCGUGAAUGGCUCGGACGUAACCAUGUUCGCGCCGGCGGUGAGCGCAGGCUCGUCGACGAUGGGCCCGAGCUCUACAAUCUGCUCGUACGCGCUCAUGGGAGGAACCACCUCAAGUCUGAGAGGACUCUUCAGAGGGUACGACAACGCUACAUCGGCCCUUCGCGCCCCUUCGUCAAGCGUUGGGUAGCACUGUGCCCGACUUGUCGCCACAAGGGCCGCAAGCAGAGCUAUGAUUAA